CUGUCAUUUUUUUUAUAGCACCGCACAUCUCAAUUUGCACAAUCUAUAUUGUGUGUGCUUGUAAUUGUUGGCUGCAGUGAAGUAAGAACGAACCGUCGAAACAAUAAUUCUGUGGAUCGUAGACGCCCCGCAGCAUUUCCUUUUUUUACUGCUGUUACAAUGCAAUCCACAUCAAAGAAGACCAUCUGGAAUGAGCCUGGCAAUUUAGCGCAGGAUUAUGAUGGAUUUUCAUCACCAGUGCUAGAUUUCCAAACGUUCGAUCAAAGCAGCUCGUACUACCCGUCAAACGGAUACCAACCGGGAGAGUUCUCGUCAGCCAGUGGUGGUUCGUACGGCGGUAGCACCAGUACGCCGAUGAUCUUUACCCCAUCUUCCUACGAUCAGCCAUUUCCCAACACCGAAACGCACAAUGAGGGCUCAGAGUUUGAUGAACCACCCUUGCUGGACGAGCUGGAAAUCUAUCCGCGGCGCAUACUGGAGAAAUCGCUCGCCGUUCUGAAGCUGUUCCACACCAACGGCAUAAAUGACACGUCAGACUACUGGUUCAAGGAAACUGACUUGGCAGGACCUAUAUUAUUCUGCCUAGUCCUAGCUGCGUGCCUGUCCAUAUCGGACAGUAAAGCCCAGUUUGGCUACAUUUACGGUUUAUCCGCGAUAUCGGUGAUGGUUAUGUACUGCUUGAUCUAUCUGAUGGGCCACAAACCCGAAUCGUUCGUUUCGAUGGCCGGAGUCGCGAGCGUGCUGGGAUACAGCAUGCUGCCGAUCGUUGGGCUCUCCAUCGUGGCAGUAAUAUUCUCAAUGAACAACCAAUACGGUAUGGUGGUCGCAGGGCUGGCAAUUCUGGUGGCAUCGAUGAGUGCCAGUAAGUUUUUCUGCAUGAUGACGGGUGAUCCACAUCAACGAUACUUGCUAGCUUACCCCUGCGGUUUGCUCUAUGCCAUUUUUUCGCUACUAGUUCUCUUUUAAAAUGUUUUGCUAGAUUUUCUAUGACUACACGUGCAAAGGUGUGUCAAAACUUCUCCAUGCAAAAAAAUGCGCGUUUUCCAGGAACAACGGUUUUGGUAGCAUAAUUAUUCGCUUGUUUGCCAAACGUUCCGCAGAAAAACAGAUUAUGGCGUUCUAUUUAUUAAAGCAUCGGAGAAUAAAAAGUGUAUAGUGCUUUGUGGAUGAUUGCAAUAAAAGAAUGAGGCGGUUGAGAGAUUUGCAAUGAUAAAA